UUGUUAAUUGGAUUCGGUUGUGUUGCUUGUCGAUGAAUCUAAAAUAGAUUUAAACAAUUGGAAAAUGCCAAAUUAUUUGUGGUUAUGUUCAAAUGUCUAGUUGACAGCCAAAGUUUGACAUUUAAAUUUAUCUGUAGGUAAAAAUUUGUACAAAUGGUCGAGGAAGUUAUAAGCUCCGUGAACAAACCAAAAAUAAAAGCUGCUAGACCUAAGGCUGUUUAUUAUUGGACAGUUUCCGAUGUUCAAAAGUGGCUUCGAAGACAUUGUAGCGAUUAUUAUCCGUUGUACUGGGAUAAAUUUCAGCAGCAUGAUAUAACUGGCCGUGCAUUAGUACGUAUCAAUGAAAAUACUUUACUUCGUCUAGGUAUUGUAAAUAGUGAACAUCGUGAAGCAAUUUGGAGAGAAAUAAUGAAACAACGUUUAAAAACCGACAUAAUGGAAAUCAGGGAUUUGGAAAGACAAAAUAGUUACAACUACGAUUAAAAAUUUAUUUUAAUUUUUAUUUAUAAUACUGA